GCAGGCGGCAGGCGCGUCAUUGUGGUGCGGAGCGGUCCGAAGGCAGAGUAGUGUGCGGGCCUGAGCGCCGCGCCCCUCUCGCCGCCUCUCUCUAUCUCUUUCCCUCCCUUUCUCUCUUUUCUCCCCUUCCUUCCCUUUCCCCCUCCGCCGCGGACAUGCCGCGCGUCUACAUCGGCCGCUUGAGCUACCACGUCCGGGAGAAGGACAUCCAGCGCUUUUUCAGUGGCUAUGGCCGCCUGCUCGAGGUCGAUCUCAAAAACGGUUACGGCUUCGUGGAGUUUGAGGACUCCCGAGACGCCGAUGAUGCCGUUUAUGAGCUGAACGGCAAGGAUCUGUGCGGGGAACGGGUGAUCGUGGAGCACGCCCGCGGCCCCCGCCGCGACAGGGACGGGUAUAGCUACAGUAGUCGCAGUGGGGGUGGUGGCGGAUAUAGCAGUCGGAGACAAUCUGGAAGAGAUAAAUACGGACCGCCUGUUCGUACAGAAUACAGACUGAUUGUUGAAAACCUUUCCAGUCGCUGUAGUUGGCAGGAUUUGAAAGAUUUCAUGAGGCAAGCUGGUGAGGUAACCUAUGCAGAUGCUCACAAAGAGCGCACAAAUGAAGGAGUGAUUGAGUUCCGAUCCUACUCAGACAUGAAGCGUGCCCUGGACAAACUGGAUGGCACAGAGAUAAAUGGAAGGAAGAUCAGGCUGGUUGAAGACAAGCCACGGUCAAGCCAUAGGCGAUCAUACUCUGGCAGCAGGUCAAGGUCACGAUCUAGACGACGGUCUAGAAGCAGAAGUCGUAGAAGUAGGAGCAGCCGCAGCAGGUCCCGUAGUGUAUCCAAAAGCCGUUCUCGCUCUAAAUCCAGGUCACGAAGCAAAGACCGCUCACGUUCCAGAUCUAAAAGCAGGAAGUCUAGAUCAAAGAGCAAAUCCAAACCCAAGUCUGACAGGGGUUCACGCUCUCACAGCAGAUCCAAGGAGAAGUCUGAGAAGUCUCGAUCCAGAUCCAGGUCCAGGUCUCGAUCUCCCAAAGAAAAUGGUAAAGGAGAUGCUAAGUCUAAGUCCAGGUCAAGGAGUAGGUCUCGUUCCAAUUCUCCGCAGCAGCAGCCAUCUGCCAAGGCUCGUUCAGAGUCACCACCCAAAAGAGCUGCAUCGAGGUCCCGCUCCAGAUCUCGUUCAAAAUCUCGCUCACGAUCAAGAUCUAGUUCAAGAGAUUAAGACUAGAACUCUCCUCUUACAUUGCACACUAUUAUGGAACACUUUCCUACUUGUCAGGCCAUUAGUGUUAUGUUAGUACUUGAGAGGUUGGGAUUUUUUUUCUCUUGCAGGAGCAAAUGGCCUAAGAACUAAGUUGAGGCGUAAAGAUUUAAUUUGUAUCCCAGAUUGGAAAUUAAAGAGCUCGGAUGGUGGUACAAAGCACUAAAACUCCCCCUUUUGUAGAAAUUCAGCUAAGACUUUGAUUUUAUAGCAUUUCCACAGGAGUAACUUAACUACUCUUAAAUGCAAAGUGGUUUUUUAUAAAGAAAAAAAAAUGAAAUAAACAGGCUUAAAUCUGGGCUUUUUUUAAACUAUCAUUAUUAUUUUUUUUUUCUUGCUUCAUGGUCUUAGAACUAUGGAUAUCAUUAGCUUACAGGUUCCAGCUUGCUGGCAAGGGCAGGGUAGCCUUGCUGGUCAGCUCAGAGAAUUCUGUUUCAGCUUAAGUUGUGGAAGCAGGCUGCAAACUACAUAAACUGGUAAUGAUACUGGGAAGGUUUUAGAUGAGCAAUAAACCCAAGUUGGAGCGUGUUUGUUGUAUCUUAACUUGCCAAAAGAACAUUCCCCCACCCCAAUACUGUGACUGUAUUAAAGGUAAUAAGGGUACUCUGGAACCUGCAUCAUACAGUA